CCAAGCGUCCUGGACACCAAUCAGCAGACACCGACAGAAGAUGGCGGCCUUCACGGAAAGUGAUUGCUUCCGUUUGAAGUUAUUGCGCGUCUUGGAGACGGCCGGCCAGAAGGUGUUGACGUACACCCUCCUGUGCGGGACACCAGGCAAGGACCCGAGCGAAACCCUCGUCGAGUACCUCGCCAGGCUUCCGGACACCUCGACGGCCAAAUACAAGAACAUAAAAGAAAAAGGAAAGUACUUCGACAAGACUCAGAAGCUAAUGAUCAAUAAUGAUCGUUCAUGUAGCAAGUUUGAUAUUUCCUUGCUCUCUAAAGCGAUCACAGUGGCAUGCGAAGGAUGGGAUGAUACUUCUCAGCUCGCUAGGCUGGUCAAGAUGAUAAAGGACACGAGGAAUGACGUGGUGCAUGAAACACAUAAAACAAUGACUGGAAAUGAAUUCCUGACCGAUCUUACAAAGUUGCAGAAAGAAUUUGAUGAAACACUAGACGCCACGAUGGCGAAGUACAACACUGACGGGGUGGAGUGUGACAAGAAGAGGAAAGAAGUGAAAAAGCUCGCCGAGGACAUCAGGGAUCAGAAGCUUGGUAAGGCUGAAAUACGGAACUCCUUGGGCGAGUUUCUGCCGCAUUUCCAGAGGGAGGCUAACGAGGAACUCAAACAAAAGCUAGACCAUGCCAAACACCUUAACCCGCUUUCCUUUCUCAGCGGCCAUGAAGAUCGCGAGGUGAGCGUAAAAACUAUUUUUACAGAAAUCAAAAUUCAAGAAGAAAAUAAGGAGAAUAAGAAUAUCCAUUACUCGGAGCUACUCACUCUCGCACAUAAUAAAAGUGCACCCCCCAAGCCACACCUCCUAUUGCUGGAGGGAGAUGCAGGCAGUGGAAAAACCACUUUGGUUACAUACAUUGCUUCCGAGUACUUGGAGAGUAAUCGCCGCAUGGCGGGCCUCGACCACUACCAUUUACUCUUAUGGGUCGUGUGCCGGGAGGAGACUAGCGACACUCUUGAGACGCUGGUGAAGAGGCUCCUGCCCGACGCCUCCUCCAAGUAUGGCGACUAUCUGAUGCCUUUACUGAAACUCAGCAAGGCCAUCAUCAUCAUCGAUGGACUCGAUGAGAUGAUCGAGACAUCGCGCCUUCUCCUUGAUGACAUCCUGAACCAGGCUAAAGACUGCCCUGACUUCACUUUACUUUCAACAUCCCGCCCGGAAGCCAUACGAGGAAUGAAAAGCAAGUCCAAACAAUUUAAGCUUUCCCAUCUGAAGCUAGAGGGCGUUUCCGUUGAUAUGAGGACGGAGAUGGCGUUAGUCCACUACCGCUGGCUGUGUGGCGCGGGGUCUAGAGACGAGGACGGCCUCAGGAAGGUCAUGCAGCAGAUGGGAUGGAAGCAAAUGUUCAACCUGCCCCUUAAUAUCCUCUUCCUCGUUACUUUCAUCUACUACGAGCCUAAUAAACUAGAAAGCACCAUAACCCAGACCGAGCUUUACCAAGACAUCAUAGAUUGGUGUGUGGAGAAGCUGAAGGAGAAGCUGUUGGGCCGUCAUCCACACCUCACAGAAGACCUCCUGCAGAUAAAUAUUGGAAAUUUUUUGAAGCAGUGUUAUGAAAUUGCACUGAAAGGCCUUAUUCAGGACAAAAUAUUUAUCGAGGAGGCAGAUCGAAUUCACCUGGAAGAGUUCAGUCGCGAUAAUAAUCUUCCAAUAGCAGACGUCUUGCCAGCCUUUUACUCCAUGCGGCGGCAAUCGGUACGCGGGGUGACGAAAGUACACUACUUCGCCCCACACAAAGGAAUUCAAGACUUUUUUGCGGCCUGCCACAUUCAUGGAUGCUUCAGUAACAACUACAACUCAGGAGACAUCCGAAAAGAGCUACACAAAAUGGCAGGAAAAAACCUACAGCUUGGCCCUCUCAGGAACAUGUUUUGCCACCUACUGGGGCUGCUCAGCCGUCGCAGUCCCAGUGUCAAGGCGGUGGAGGAAACCGUGGACCUGUUACAAGCGUCUGGGAUGAAGAACACUAAUGACUGGCUGUCUGUGCUGGCGGAAACGGAGCCCGAUCUCGACACCAUGCUAAGGGUGGCACACCAUAUAGACCGGGAUGAAGAAUAUGAUGAUAUUGAUCGCAUAUAUGUACGAAAGUACUGA